AUGGUCGAUGCGAAUAUCCCCGAUAUCCGCGUCGAACCGGACAAGGCUGUUCUGAAGGUGAAGGAGAGGUUCCACUUAGAAAUGAGUGAAGAGGAAGCAAUCCGUCAUUUCGAGCAGCUCAUCAGUGAUAGCGUGAACGCUAUUUUUGGAGUCGUUAUCGACCGUAUUCACGAUUUCGUCCAGGGAUGGAGGGCAUAA